GAGCCGACCUCGCGCCGGCGCCGGGAGCAGCCCCACCGGAGCCGCCACGGGAUGCAGCCGCCCGCGCUGCCGGUGCCGGGGCCCUUGGCGCUGCUGGACACGAUAGAAGGGUUUACGAGAAGAAAGAAGACUUCCCUUUGGUUUGUGGGGUCUCUGCUGGUGGUAUCUGUCUUCAUCCUGACCAUCGGCCUCGCUGCCACCACCAGGACGGAGAAUGUGACCGUGGGGGGCUACUACCCAGGGAUCAUUCUGGGCUUCGGAUCUUUCUUAGGAAUUAUUGGCAUCAACCUAGUGGAGAAUCGGAGGCAAAUGUUGGUGGCAGCCAUUGUGUUCAUCAGCUUCGGUGUGGUGGCCGCCUUCUGCUGUGCCAUCGUCGACGGUGUGUUUGCCGCUCGGCACAUAGAAACAAGACCCCUCACCACGGGAAGAUGCCGGUUUUACUCCAGUGGGGUGGGUUACUUGCAUGAUGUCUACCAGACGGAGGUUACCUGUCACUCCCUGAAUGGCAAGUGCCAGCUGAAGGUGAGGAGCAACACCUGCUAUUGCUGUGACCUCUACAACUGCCAUAGCACUGAAUACUCUCCGACCUACUACGAGUUCGUGGGCGUGAGCGGCUGUCAGGAUGUGCUCCACCUCUACCGGCUGCUCUGGGCCUCAACCGUGCUGAAUGUCCUGGGCCUGUUCCUGGGCAUCGUCACAGCAGCUGUCCUGGGGGCCUUCAAGGACAUGGUCCCUCUGUCCCAGAUGGCCUAUGGACCGUCUGCUCCACCUCAGAUCCUCUACAACCCUGCCCAGCAGAUCCUGGCCUACUCGGGCUUCUGCCCGGCGCCCGCGGCCCUCUCCACCUGCUCGUCGUAUCCUCUGCCUCUCCAGGUUGUUUCGGUCCCAACAUCCGGGGAUGUCCGUGCUGCGAAGAAGGCGGCGCAUAAAGAGGCCAUACAAACGAGGGAAAGAUGGGAGUGAGAGGAAUGCGCCGGCAACAGCUGGGAGGCAGAAAUGCCAGCCUGACUACAGAUGCAGGUGGGGAGCCAAGCAAUAACUCAAUGCUGAGCCGGUAAGAAGCCAUCGCUGUCUGAGCCAAGAGCCUGUAGCUGGGAAGUGAUAGGACAGUUUGGGCCCUUGGUUCGAGCUCCACCUACAGUGAAAAGACACAGGGGCCAUCACAGGGUGGCUGCUUCCUUCCUGGCCAUGCCAGCACCCGGAUGUCCCAAAUGUCUCUUUGAGUGACCACCAAACCAGACACUCAGACCUGCUGGGACUGCAGAUGCAGGUGUGCCUUGGGGCUGUGGGAGUCCACUCCCCUGGGCUCCCUCCCUUCCUCUCUUGCAGGACUCAGAUCUUUCCACAGAACAUGCUGGAGCUUCAUAGCCCUCAGUCCCACUGCAUCUCACCUGUGGCUUUCAGGCAGUUCUAUAAGGUCGGAAGUGCUGUGAAUCAAGAGUUCAAAAGCAAUGCAAGUAGAAGGUGCCACUAGCGUCAUUCCAACAGACCACAUACAAUUUUGCUGCGUUGCAAUUUUUUUACUACUCUGAUGGCUCAGUGGAAUGAUUUUUAUAUUUAUACAUAUACUUAUAUAAGUGAUAUAUCAUAUAUAAUGUAUCUAAAUGAAAUAUGUAUAUAAUACAUAUCUGUAUCUUGCAUAAACAGCCCCCUAAACCAUAUUUUGGUAGAAGGGGCUGCAUCCUGGUUUUCUGAGGACAAAUACCACCCCUCAUGUUUGAAUCACCUGCUGAUGAGGAUGCCAGAAGAAAGCCUCUGCCCUCUUGGUUUUUAAAUGUUUCUAUAUCACCAGAACUUCAAAGUCCUGAUGAAGGAGCGGCGUUUAGGCAGAAUGAAACUGAAGCAAUGUCCACACACAUUUGAGCUCAGGACGGGGUUAGUGUCCAGGGUGAAUCAUGAUGCUGGUUUCUGCCUCUUCCCCACUGGACUGUGAGCUCCUCGAAUGAUCUGUGGGUCCCAUCCCUAAGUGGGGUCUAUAUGGUCAGUUCUUAAUAAUUGCUCAUUGAAUUGAAUGUACAGAGAAUUGGAAAAAUAACUAUGUGAGUGUGUGUGUGUGUGUGUGUGUGUGU